AUGUCGCAACCAGAUCCUCUAAGCUGGACCCUACUGUUCAAGAAGCACAGAACGACCGUGCUUUUGCUGCUUCCGCCUUCUCAGACCAUCGAGGCCACCAAAACAAAGCUUGUCGAAGCUCUUCGAGCGCGCGGCCUGAAAGAUAUCAACGGCGACCCGAUUCCUGAAGACCCUGCAGAGAUUGAGUUUGGUGUUGCAGUGGAUAAGAAUGACCUGGAGAAAGGCUGGACAAGCCUGGAGGCAUCGGACACUGAAGAUGAUGCUCCCAAGCGAGGGGCUGGGAAGAAGGCUGCAGCCCUCACUUUGAAAGUAGCCGAAUUCAACAGCGGACAGUCUAUCGCGUUUCGAUUUCGAAGGAAAAGCGAUAUUGGUUCAAAUAAUCCCAGCGAUCUCGAGUUAGGGGACCCUGGCUGGGAUGUUGUUCUCCCUACCUUUGAGGAUGAGGACGAGGGUCCAUAG